UGAUAUUGUUUCUUCUGUUGUUUAUUCUGACAUUAUUUGCUUGAAUAUAGAUUUAAUAUCUCCUUAUUCGGCUUGUCUGCUUCUGAACACAAAUGCUGAUUAAUAUAAUAAUAAUUUGAGGUGAAUGACCGAGAGCUCAACCUGUGAGUAAGAUAACAAAUCACUGGCUCUGCUAUCUCAGACCCUUAAAAGGUUUUAGCGACUCAUACAAUACACGCUGAAAUAAAAAUGAAGAAUAUUGAUAUGACUUUUCAAGCAGUAGAAUAUAGCCACUGUAGCCACUACUGAUGAAUAACAAACAGUGAUAUAAACCUCCAAGAAAAAGAAAAGUGAAAUACUUUUAUCUGUUCGGAUUAUAUUAUCAGUCCUUAUCCAGUGACAUACUGAACUUUCGGCCCAAACGCGAGCCCAGAGCCCAGAUAAUAUGACUCUAUUAGUCCUUGGUGACUUGGUACAGACUGAGUUAAUGACAGCUGAGUGUGAUAAAUGUCAUUAACCCCUUCUUUCCCCGUGCUGACCAUGAUUCAGCUCGUGAACCUUACCGUCUCCACGUGGAGGAAACCUUUUCCUUGAAAGUGAAUGGUCUGGUCCAGGUCAGAAAGGUCAAGGCUGAAGAUUAGUCACAUGUUACAUGAGCUGCUAUAAAUAAGCCUGGGAGGACUGUCCCAAUGACAACAGCUUCACAUCAGAGGAAAAUGAGACAGUGCUUCAGCGACCGGCAUCCUCGUGGGAUUCUCUUCAGCAUCCUAAACCGUGAAUGUGACGGUUAUCCAGACACACGCAGCUGUCACUGUCAGCGUUCGGUGUGCUUGAGAAACCCAGAGACCACCUGCCGUCUGGCUCUUGGGGUCCUGAUGAGAACCAUUCACUUCAUACAGAGCUUCCCUUCCUUCCGAAAGCUGGCGCUCAGGGACCGGCUCGUCCUUGUUGAGAAGCGCUGGGUGCCGCUCUUCCUCCUGGGUCUCGCUCAGGAGCACGUCACUUUCGAGGUGAGGGUCGUCCCUGCGGCCAGCAUCCUUAGAAACAUACUGAUGAGCGAGCGGCAGAAGCCAGACGACUGUCGGCCCACCCUGGGAGAAGUGCACAAGCUCAAGACGUUCCUCAGCGAAGUCCGGAGCCUGGAUCUGAGUCUCAAAGAGUAUGCAUGUCUCAAAGGUGCAGUACUCUUCAGUCAAGAUGCUCCUGGAUCGAGGAGCUCAGCAGCGAUGGCAGGACUGCAGGAGGAGGCACAUCCUCACCCCACAGAUCACCGCACGCUCACAGACGUGCUGUUCAUGGCCGGCGCUCUACAGGUGGAGGCCCAAAGCCUGGUGACAGAGCUGUUUUUCAGACCCAUCGCUGGCCGGAUAGAUCUCCACAAACUCCUCCAUGAGAUGAUUGUUAAACAAUGACCUGCUGCAGGAGCGAGUCUUAAAACCUGUGAACGAGUUCAUGUUUUUGAACUUUCGGUUCCAUCAUUUCAAAGUCAAUCUGUCUUUUAAAAGCCAGCUCUUUUUUUUUUAGUAGAUUUAAAUAAAGUCCUGAAGAUGUGUCAGAAGCUCGAUGAUGUUGAAGUCAUGUGACCGUGGUGUAGUUCCUUUAUAGCAUACAUUUAGCUUUUUACUUAAAGAGAUAGUUCACCCAAAAAUGAAAAUUCUGUCAUUAAUUACUCACCCUCACAUCGUUCCAAACCUGUGAGAUCUUUGUUCAUCUUCAGAACACAAAUGAAGAUAUUUUUGAUGAAAUCCGAGAGCUCUCUGACCCACCCAUAGAAGGAUCCCAACACGAUCAACGUCCAGAAGCGUAGCAAGGAGAUCGUUAAAAUAAUCCAUGUGACA